AUGGCGGCCGAGCAGCGAAAGCUGCUUGAGCAGCUGAUGGGCGACCAGUUCAUGGGAAUGGGCUCUUCUUCCUCCAGAUCCGCAAACCUCACCCUCACUUCGCCCACCGUCUGUCGUUCGUACCUGGUCGGAACUUGCCCCCACGACCUCUUCACAAACACGAAGCAAGAUUUAGGCCCCUGUCCCAAGGCCCAUCCAGAGAACCUGAAGAUGGAGUAUGACAACCUGCCGCAGGCAGAGAAACAAAAGUAUGGAUUCGAAUACGACUACAUGCGAGACAUGCAAAAAUACAUUGAUGAUUGCAAUCGAAGGAUCGACCAAGCACAACGGCGGUUAGAGAAGACGCCAGAUGAAAUACGGCAGACGAAUAACCUUCUCAAACUGAUAUCGGACCUCACAAAGACAAUCAACACCGGUCUCCUCGAAGUCAGCUGUCUCGCCGAAAUGGGGUCUGUCAGCCUGGCCUGCACCGAAUUCCACAAAGUGCGAACCGCAAAACUGGCAAAAGAACAAGCUGAGCGGGACUUGAAGUCGUUGUCCGACACGUCAGGACCGUCGGGCCACCAGAAAUUACAGGUCUGCGAUGUCUGUGGCGCAUAUUUAUCCAGACUGGACAACGACAGGCGAUUGGCCGAUCACUUCUACGGGAAAAUGCACCUGGGGUACGCGCAGAUGAGGCGGACGUAUGAGAUGCUGCAGAAAGAACUCAAAGGACGAGGCCCGCCACCGGUACGGCCACAGGAAGAGAACACGAGCGGCGGUCCCACGGGACCGAGAGGCUACGAUGAUGGAGGAUAUGGUGAUGGUGGUGGUGGUGGAUGGGGAAGAGGUGGUGGGGGAUACGGUCGAGGAGGCGGAGGCGGUGGCGGUGGCUAUGGUAGGGGCGGUGGUGGAGGAUAUCGUGGACGCGGAAGGGGACGGUGGUAG